AUGGGUCACCUCAUCGGCGUGCUCACGCCUCUCCCCGAUUGCAUCGCCAGCCUGUGUUUUCUCCUCGUUGCUGUCUUCAUCUUGACCGCUCACCGUCGUAGAAUUGAGCACGUGACAGGCUGGCUGCGUAAGCUCGCGCCGGUGACCACUCGGGUUGCGCGGGGCACCCGGCGUGGCCUCUCCAUCCAGGUGACAGGCCGUGCGAUAGCGCACCGCGCCUUGGUGGAGCACAGCGCCGCCUUCCUCGACCGCCCCACCGGCGCGGUGCCAAGUACCAUCCUCACACGUGACCGCCACCAUAACAUCCUGUCGGCGCCAUACGGCCCGUACUGGCGCGCCGUCCGCCGCAACGUAGCUGCCGGUGUCCUCCACCCAUCUCGCCUCUUCCGACUCAGCGACACCCGUGCCCGCGUGCUGGGCGACCUGGCGCGCGACCUCAGAUCCGGCGCCCCGGCAGCCGAGAGCCUCUAUUUCGCCGUGUACUCUGUCCUCGUUGAGAUGUGCUUCGGCAAGGACGUCGUCUCCAAGCUCGGGGACACGCGCCUCCGUGCCAUGCAGAAGUUCCAGCGUGACAUCCUCGUCGCGUUGCCCUCUUUUGGGGUGCUUGUGAGGUACCCGAGGAUGAGCAAGCUCAUCUACCCAUCACGGUGGCGCCAGCUUCUCUCUCUCCGGCGGCAGCAAGAAGAAUCUUUCUUGCCGCUCGUCGCCGAGGUCAAGAAUAACCGGAAGGACAAGCAUGACGCCAGCUUCAAGACUUACGUGGAGUCCCUCCUGGACCUGCGAAUCCAUGAAGACGGCGGCCGGGCCGUCGCGGAUGGCGAACUCGUCAGCCUCAUCUCGGAGUUCCUCGGCGCCGGCUUGGAGUCCACGGCUGCUGCCCUACAAUGGACGAUGGCCAACCUCGUAAAACGCCCCGACCUGCAGCAGAAGCUGCGGAUCGAGGUCGACGCCAUUGGCUGCAACCAGCGUAUCAUCGAGGAGGCCGAGCUAUCGCGAAUGCCCUACCUCAAGGCCGUCGUGCUCGAGAGCCUGCGGCGCCACCCACCGUUUCCGUUUGUGGUGCGCCGGAUGGAGGGCAAGGAGGCCGCGGAGGCGGUCGGCCUGACGAGUGUGCCGGGCGGUGGCGCGACGGCGAAUUUCCUCGUUGGGAAGAUCGCCCGCGACGCGGUACCGUGGUCGGAUGCGACAGAGUUCACGCCUGAGCGGUUCAUGCCCGGCGGGGACGGCGAGGACACGGACCUGACCUGCACGAGGGAGCUCAGAAUGAUGCCAUUCGGAGCCGGGAGGCGCGCGUGCCUGGCGAUCGUGCCGGCGAUGCUGCACCUCGAGUACUUCGUGGCCAACCUGGUCAAGGAGUUCGAGUGGUGGGAGGCCGACGGAGAGGACAACGCGGUGAACCUCACCGAAUUCCGCGGGUUCUUCAUCACCGUCAUGGAUCGCCCGCCUCGUGCCUCGCGACGCGGUAUGACCCUCCGGAUGCACCCGUCGGUGCCGUUCGUCCUACGCCGAUGA